AUGACAAUGAAUAAUAAGGUAAUUCCCUCAGUGGACGAGAGUAUAACCAUUAAGGGUGGUUUUAAAAGUGCAUAUGCUGUUGAUUCGACGGCCCAAGAGAAUGAACAAACAAAUAAGGACUUUGAUGUUGAGGAAGAUAUAUACCAAGCACCAUUCCUAUCUAUCAAGUGCUUGCUAAUCUUUGUAAUCGUGUGUCUGGUCAUUUGUACAGUCCUGUUAUUGACCACAAUUUGGGUCUCUGCUUAUAGUACCAAUGUUACACAGAUGGGAAGCUCACUUCUUAAAGAACAAAUUGAAAAAUCGAUAGCCUUUACAGAUGAAACCAUUUCAAAAGUUUUGACCGUUUCUCAGACAACAAAGAAUAUUAUGUGGAAGGAUUUUGAUUACUCAGAUAUUGAUACAGUCUAUUCUUUAACUUACCGUAUUUACAAGUCGUCCUAUGAAUUCUUGAGCUCUUUAAUUGUGACGAUAUACUUUGGUGAUACAAUUGGUGGAAAUAUUGGUGUUCUAGUAAUGGGUGGCGAACCUACUCAGAUGUAUAUUAACGAAACAGGUCAAUACUAUUGGUAUUGUAGGGAUAUUUUCAAUAACGAGAAUUGUAACAUGUCGUCACCUUCUGAACCAGAUAUCGUGUUGGGUCCUUUUGACAUGUCCAAGAUUAUGGGAGUAGCCCAUAAAUCUCCAAACAAACCAGGAUAUUCAUUAUCUUUCACUGAUCCAACUUUACCUUCCAUAACUUUUAUGAGUUGUGUGAAUUCACAUCCAGCUGUAAAUACUUCCUUAACAAAUGGAGAAGUUUAUGAUUGGUAUUUUGGAAUUGAUAUUAGUGUAUCGUCCAUCUCUAAAUAUCUGGAAGAUGUUGCCAAACAUGUUUCUGGAGCUGUUUCUUUUGCUAUUGAAGUUGAAACUAACUAUAUUGUUGUUUCGAGCUUUCCGGAAAUUCCUGUUUCUGAAUGGAGUGCAGAUGGAGUGGAAACAAGAAUGACACCUCUAACUUUCAAACAAGACAAGGUUAACAUGAUUGGACAAUUUAUCUAUUCAGAAUUUUCCAAUAAUUUGAAAUCACAACCUUGCGGAACUUACAGGUAUUACUCAUUGGAUACAAUCUUUGUGUCGUCCCAUAGAUUCUGUAAGGCUGGAGUUGAUUGGUUCUUUGUCUUUUCAGAGCCCAAAAUGAAUUAUAUUGGUGACAUGAUUAUUGCAAUUAUUGUUGGAUUGAGUGCCAGUUUGCUUAUUGUCAUUGUUGGUGUGAUAUUGGGAGUAGUGUCAUCAAUUAGAAUUGUCAAACCAUUGAAUAAUUUGAUUGAACAAUUUUCAUCUGUUUCUGAUAUGAAUUUGGAGAAUAUUAACAUUUCUCAUUCGAAUUUUAAGGAAAUUUCACUGUUGCAACAUCACUUUGAAAGUAUGGUCGCUAAAGUCAAACAUUAUAGAAGUUUUAUUCCAUCCUACCUGAUUGACCAAUUGGAUAAAGGUCAAGCCAGUGCUGCUCCUGCAUUCCAUAAGCAUAGUAGCAGAUUUAGAAAGGCAGGUGUCACUGAUUCUGUCGAUGGAAAGGGUUCAUUCUCUUCAAUAUUUGAUCAAUCUGGAAGAAAGAAGAGUUCAAGAUCUGGUAAGGGAGUUCCAAAAUCAUUAUUUAGAUUAGGUCUUGAAAAGAAAACAGUGUCCUUUUCCUUAAUUUAUUUUGAAGGUCUUUCCAAUUAUAUUACCAAUGAAUCCAUUAUUGAUGAAGUUGUUUCUCUAAUUGGUGACUUGAUGCUUAUCGUACAGAAAACCACAAAAGCUACCAAUGGAUUUACCAGUAAUUUUGAACAUAAUUCAAUUAUAUUAUCAUGGAACUCAACUUCCGAUUUGAGAAACCAUGAAGAGACAUGUCUACUUGCCACGAUUCAAAUCUUGGAUCGAUUAAAUUCAUCAAUAGAGAAUAAGUGGAAAGAUAGAGGUUAUUCCAUGUCUUUCAGAACUGCAACAGUUUCACAAGAUGUGUUUUGUGGAAACUUGGGAACAGAUGAGGCUAAAACCUUUGCAGCUGUUGGAAGUCAGAUCUAUAACUUGCAACUAUUGUUGAAACAGGCAACCAAGUUAAAUAUUCCAUCCAUUGUCACUCAAGAAAUCUAUGAAAAAACCAACAAUGUAUAUUGUUACAGAUUUGUUGGUAUUAAGAAAUUACUCAAUCAUCAUGAGACAGAUACAUACAUGCAAUGUACAAUUCAACAAGAUCACAUUCUUCACACUCCAAAUCGUCUCUAUCAAUUAGGAGAGACAGUUUCAGAUAAGGUUGAGGAUGAAGAGUGGAUGUACUCACUUUCUAAACAAAAUGUAAAGAAUGAUCGUUGGAAACAUCACAUUGAUGGAGCCAAUUCUCUUUUACAAGGAGAUUACCAAGAGGCGAUUGAACAUUUCAACAAUCAUUUGCAUUACCAUUCAGAUACAAAUUAUGGACAAGUGGAUAAAGCAACAGCAUAUUUACUUAAAAAGUGUUUGAAAUUGAGUAAACAAGAAUAA